AUGGACUGUGAUAAUGACGGAAAUAUAAGCCCUUAAGAGUUUAAAAACGGUCUAGAGGGUUUAAAAAUAUUUAUAAACUAAAAGGAUUUCGUUAAUUUUUAUAGUAUUAUUGACAAAAAUAUGGAAACUAAAAAAAUCGAUCUUAAUUUGUCUUUCGAAGAUCGAUUCGAGAAAGAUGAAUUCGAAGAAAUUUAAUUAAACUUAAAUCCAAGCGAAAAAUUCACUUCUUCUUAAACAGAACCUAAUUAAAAUAACCAAAUCAAAUUUUCAAGUGAUCUUACAUUUGUAAACGGUGAUCUUAAAAUUUAAAUUCCUUUUAUUUAAAAUAUAUUCGAAAAUGAAAAUUAAUAACAUAAUUUUAAAGAAAUUUACAUCAGAUUUAUUUUAAGAGGUUCUGAUAAACCUGAUUUUUGUAAAAAUAUAGUCCUUUUUGAGCCUAAAUAGGUUUCAGGAUAAAUUGGUGUCUAAAUUAAAUGGAUACCUGCUAAUUCUAAAGAAUUCACAGGAGGAUAAAUAAUCGAAAAAGAUUUAUUUAAAUAAGAAAAAACAACAUUUACUCAUUCAAUAGUAGAAAAAGGGAUUCUCGAAUUUCAUAUAAUAAGUGCCUUCUUAUAGUAAAAACAAGAAAAAUUAAAAUGCCAAAUAACCCUUCCUUUAUCCAAGCCUGAAUCAUUUGAUGCAAAAUAUGAUGCUUAAGGAAAUCCAUUCUGGAGUUAAAAAUGCACUAAAGAAUUAUAAGCAAUGACUCUAAAGCAAAUAGACUCACUUUCUCUUCUUUUAUAUUACGAAAAAGGUGCAUUAAUUAAAGAGAAAUACCCUAUAGGCAACCUAUAUAUAGAUUGGUAAGAAUGUUUAAUAUACCCAGGUGAAUAUCUCACAAAGAAAUCUUAUUUAUUCAAGCAAAACUCUUAAAUAGAAAAGCCUUCUAAAGUAUACAUCCAAUUGCGCUGGAUUCCAGAGUCCUUAUUUUAAAAGCUACUAGGAUAUAAAUUAGGCUCGACCCUAAAGGAUAAAAAAAAGGAAAUAAUAAACCGUUAAGAAGACCUUCUCGAAGGUAUACUAAAAAUAAUGUUAGUUCGUGCAAAAGAUCUCUAAGGAAACGUUUCUAAAGACUCAUCUGAUCCUUAUGUCAAGUUUUUUUUCGAAAACUAUGACUAAGAAAUUACUAUUAGGUCGAAAACUAAAAAAUAUACCAUAAACCCAGUCUGGACAUAAAUACUAUAAUUAAACAUCUCCUACUAUAAAGAAGGUACUAUUCCUCCUCUAAAACUAGAAAUAUGGGACCAAAAUGCUCUAAAAGAUGAUUCUUUAGGUACUUCUAUAAUUGAUAUUACUCCUUCUAUUUAAAAUCCUUGCACUUGGGCUGUUGACAACUAUUUUGAUGUGGAAGAUCCUGUACUUAAAAACAGAGAAAAUAAGCCUUAAAUAUACAUAUAGACUUAUUUCGUUCCUAAAGGGGUAACUGACCCUAAUAUAAAACCGAAAGAUAAGGACAAUUUAUUACAAAUAAGGGACGAAAAUAUAAUAUAGGGAAGCCUAAAAAUAAGAAUAAUACACGCAAGAGAACUUCCUGGUAUAAAUAGAAAUAAUACAUCAGAUCCUUACGUAUAAAUGACCUUACCUGGUGGUUAAAAAGAAGUAAAAACAAGCACAAUUUCCAAUACUGUCAAUCCUUAAUGGAAUGAAACUUUUUUGGAAAAAAUUCUCAUUUCAAAAGAUCGAAUGGCUCCUCUUAAAAUAAUCGUUAAAAAUCAUGAUUAUUUAUCCCAAGACGAUCUCUUGGGAAUCGCAGAUGUUGAUUGGUCUAAAUGUGUUGAAGAACCAGGGUAAUGGGCUGUGAAUAAUGUUUUCGAAUUACAAGGAGGUUCUAAAGAAGUUAGAAGUAAAUCAAAAUAGUUAGGUUUUUUAUAUGUUUAAAUUAAGUUUUUAGAAGAAUAUAUGAUUGAUGAUUAAACUAUUCCGCCUUUAAUAGAAAAUUUGGCAUAAAUGAUAAGUGAAAAACAAGGAUUAUAUAAAGGUACACUUCGUAUUUUUCUUGUACAUGGUAAGAAUCUUGUAAAUUCUGAUGGAAAAAACGAAUUAAAUGAUUCUUUUGUAGUUUUUAAAGUCCCAGGUGGAAAAGAAGUUAAAUCUAAUAUAAUUAAAAGUUUAAAUCCUGUAUGGAAAUAAAUUUAUAACAUAGAUAUUUUUAUGCCUAAAAACACUAUAUAGCCUAUGAGAGUAGAAGUUUUAGAUAAUGAUUUAUUCGGUAAAGACUUAGUGGGUUAUUGCAAUAUAGAUUUAAACGAAUUAUUAAAUAAACCAGGGGUUUGGGCAAUUAAUUAAUCUUUCAAUUUAGAUGCAGAUUAAAAUAUGCGAAUUAAAUAUAAAACUGAUUAUUUCGGAGAAAUUUAUAUGUAAAUAAUGUUUGUUACAACUGGGCUUUUUAAUGAAGAUAAACCUCUACCUUUAAAUGAAGAUUUAGAUUAAAAAAAUAGAGAAGAAAAAGAAAAAAAUAAAUUAGUUGGAGUUUUUGAAAUUAAUGUUGUGAUGGCUUAAAAUUUAAAGGCAAAAGACAUAAUAUCUAAGUCUUCAGAUACUUAUGCAGAAAUAAUAUUUCCUGAUAAGAAUAAAGUAUAAACUAAAGCAAUAUAAAAGUCGUUAAAUCCAUUAUGGAAUUAAACUUUUAGACAUAGAAUAAAUAUUAUAAAAGAAUAAUACUAACCGUUAAAAAUUAGAAUAUUAAAUGAAAAUACAAUGGCAAUAGAUGAUAUAUUAAGUUAUUUAGAAUUAGAUUGGUUAGAUUGUUUUAAAAACUCAACACUUUGGCGAAUAAAUGAUAUAUAUUAAUUAUAAGGCGAAAAAAAAAUGGGAGAAGAUCUCGGAAAAAUAUAUAUUUAAUGUAAAUUUUUGAAUGAUUCUGAUUUAGAAUCUCCUUAAGCAAAUUAUAUUUGUAAAACUCCUGAACCUUUGAUUCCUGAAUACGGUAGAGUUUUAGGAAACAUAAGUGUAAAUAUAAUAAGUGGUGCUAAUUUAAAAAAUACUGACUUAAUAGGAAAAUCUGAUCCUUAUGUAAAAGCUUAUAUAGAAAAAGAUCCAUCAAAUUUUUUAAAAACAAUAGCAAUAAAAGACGAUUUAAAUCCAGUAUGGAAUUUUAAUGGAAAUAUUUUUUUAAAUUUACUUAGAUGUUAAGUUAAAAAUGAGUAUGUAAUUUUUGAUGUUUAUGACGAGGAUAAUGUAACUGAUGAACUUAUAGGAUAAUGUAAAGUACAUAUUGUAGAUUUAUUAGAAAAUCCAGAUAAAGAUAUUUAAUAAGAUAUUAUUAUUCAAGACAUUAAAAAACCGUAAACUAACUACGGAACACUUCGUAUUCUUUUAAAAUUUACUAAAAGCACUUUUUGUGAAGAUUUAGGAGGAUUAAGAAUUCCUGAUACAAUAAUUAACGGCCAUUUAUUUGUAAAAAUUGUUAACGGAAGAUAAUUUAAAAAAACAGACCUCAUAGGAAGUUGUGACCCUUAUGUAGUAUUUAACAUAGACUUAUACCCUGAUAAAAAAUAUAAAAGCGAACCAUUUAAAAAGAACUAAAACCCAGACUUUAAUUUCUUACAACAAAUUCCUAUAGAAAUCCAAUAAAAAAAAUCUCGUUAACUUUCCUUAUAAAUAAAAUAUUAUGACGAUGAUUUAGUUGGAAAAAGUGUACUUGGAGGUACAACAAUUCACCUUUCUGAAUUAUUUGAAAACCAAUCUUUAUGGUUCAGUUAGUAUUAUUAACUUUUAGAUGAUAAAGGAAAUCAAACUACCUAAUACUCAUUCAUUUAAAUAAACUGGAGGCCAGAAAACUCCAAAGAUACUCCAGAUGCUCCCCCUGUUGAAGAUUUUUAAGAAUUCCUCAAAAAAAUAGAACCCCCCAAAACAUAAUACCAAAUAUUCAUUAAUUUAAUCGGAGCAAGGAAAUUAAAAUCUUCCUGGACUGAUAUUCCUGACCCUUUUGCCGAAAUAAAACUUUCUAAAGCUACUAAAACGAUCUUAACGACAAAAACUAUUGAAAAUAACACUUUCCCUAUAUGGAAUUUUUGUGAUAAAUUCACUAUUUAAAUAAAUGAAAAAGAGCUCGAAAUUUUAAAAAUGUAUAUUACAGUUAUUGAUUACAACUAUAUAAAAAACGAUAAAAUAGGUUCUGUAGAAAUUGCUUUAAAACCCUUAUUUUAAACUAAAAAUUGGUUCAAUCAGAUACUGCCAAUUUUAGACGAAAACUCCUUCCCAGGAGCCGGAGAGAUUAAUGUAUAAAUUCUUUGCAAAAAAGAAGAUGAAGAUUUAGGUUCAUUAGAAACAAUUCCUCCUAUGAAUUUAUUCGAAAACUAAAAAAACGAAGAGGAAAAAAAACUAUAAGAAUUAAAAGAAAAAGAAAAUAUUAAAAAUAAAGAACCUACUAUUAAAGGAGAAUUAUUUUUUAAUAUUAUUGAAAGUAGAAAUUUACUCAAUUUAGAUACUUUUGAUUUAAGUGAUCCCUUUGUGGAAGUCACUUUUAAUUUUUCUAAAUAAACUUUCAAAACUCCUACUAUAAAUAAUAAUUUAAAUCCCUAAUGGAAUUUUACAUAUAAAUAACUAAUAGAAAUCAGGCAAUCUGAAAUGCAAAAAACUACUAUUUUAUUCAAUAUAUAUGAUUAUGAUUAUAAUGCAAACGAUUUACUUGGAUAUGUAGAAAUAGAAGCUGAUAAUCUAUUCAAAAAUCCAGGUACUUGGAGUAAUGAAAUACAUUAAGUGAGUGAUGCGAAAGGUACAAGAGGAAAGAACGGACUUUUUUAUCCUUAAAUAUAAUGGAGACCCGAAGGUUACAAAAUAGAUGAAAAUUUACCUAUAAAACAUGAUAUUAGUUAAUUUUAUAAAGGAGUAACACCUAAAGGAACAGUCAUUAUAGGUGUUGUUAGUGCGAAACGAAGUUAUAUUAGGAGUAGAAGAUAAAGGCAAAUAUUCAGAUGCUUAGUUAAUAAUUUAAUUUGCUGGAUAAAAAACAUAAGAACUUCAAAAAUAUAAUCUUUAAACCCUGAAUGGAAAUAAAUAAUAUAAUUUAAGGUUAAUUUUAAAGAUAGAUCUGAAAUGCCUUUCCUUUAUUGCUCUUUAGUUGAUUGGAAUUUCAUUGGAGAUACCUUUUUGGGAGAUUUCGAAUGCGAUAUUUCUUAAAUUUUAGAAAGUCCAAAUUAAUGGGGAAUUUAGAAAGAAUAUGCACUUGUAAAUAUGAAGAAAUAAAAAAUAGUUAAUGAACCUACAGGCACUGUUUUAUUAAAAAUCGGGUUUGUGGAAGAAGGAAAAGAUAAAGAAUAAGGAUAAUGGGUUUUAAUUGUUGAUAAAAUUGAUGUCUUAGCUUAAUAAUAAAGAUAAUCAGUAUUAUACUCACUUUUAGAUUGGCUUUAAAAUAAUAAAAAUUAAUUAACUUUAGUAGGAAUAACAUCAGAUACAGAAUUUUAGGAAAAGCUUGAAAAAAGAGUAAAAAGUAGAUUUUAGCCAGAUGCAUUUAAUUGCUUCUUUUAUGAUGUAUAAGCAUGCAUUGAAAUUAUAUAAUAAAGAUUUAAUAAUAUUUAUAAUUUAUUUCCUGAAAAUGAAACGACAUUAGAAUUGAAAGAUAUUUUUCUUGAUGAAAAAAUAUAAGAAUAUUUUAAAUAAAACUUUCAAUUAUAAAUGAAGUCAAUUAAAUACAUACUUUCAUUUUUAAAAACAUCACUAUCUUUAAUGAAUUAUGAAGAUUUCUAAAUGAAUCAAGAAAUUCAAAAUUUAGAUUUAUAUAUACUUGAGUUGUUUGAAAAGGCUGAAAUUUAUCAUUAAAAAAGUCGAGAAAUGGUUCAUGCUAUAAAUUGUACUUAGCCUGAAUUAUAUGUUUUAAUUUGUAUUUAAAAGUUAAUUUAAGACAAUAGACAUCCUAUUAAUACAAUAACUGUAUUAAAUGAAAUUCGACUUACUAUUAUUGGUGUUGCUCCAGAAAACCAAAUAAAAUAUCCAAAAAUUAAUCCGUCAUAUAUAGAUCCGUAUGAAAUUUCAAAUGGGCAUACUCAUUUAUUUCUUUUAAACGAUAAAGAUAAAAAUAUGCAAUGGACUUAGGAGUCUGUUUUUAAAAUGCAAUUAGCCUUAAAAUUGGCAGAAGGAAAAAUUUCUAAAAAAGUUGGUAAACCAAGAUGUAAAAUUGUUAAUGUAUUUUUAGGAGAUAAUCCUUAUUAUCUUGAUGAAAUCAGACUUGCAGUUAAAUUUGAUUUACCAAUUAUUGUUGUUAAAGGAAGUGACAUUUGUGAUGAAAUAAUCGCUAAUUAUAAUAAAGAAGAAAAAUAAUAUAAAUUUGUUAAUCUAGAAUUUGAAGAAUUACUUAAUAAGGGGCAUUUUUAUAUGCUUGAUAGCAUAGAUUCUGAAGAUAUUGCUUAAUAUAUACACUUUUUAUUAACAUUUACACCUUAUUGA